AGGAGAAAUUUGCUGUUAAAAGGGCUGGUGCCAUUUGAGGAUCUGUCUCCGACCUUCACCUGGGAGGAGUGGCAGGACCUGGAUGAUACUCAGAGGACCCUGUACAGGGGUGUGAUGCUGGAGACCUACAGUAGCCUGGUGUCACUGGGGCGUUGCAUUACCAAACCUGAGGUGCUCAUCAAGUUGGAGCAAGGAGCAGAGCCAUGGACUGUAAAAGAGCCCCCAGACUAGAGUUCCCCAGGUCAGUUAGUGCAUCCCAGGCAGGGAGGCUGGGAAGAGGAGAACACAGCCGAGGUUGGCCAUGCUCAGCUGUUUUCAAUCAGUGGUUUCCGGAGUCCAGGCCUUCAGACAGUUUGUCUGCAUAUAUCAGACUCAAGCCUUGUCCAGUGUCCAGGUAUGACUCUCACUCGUAAGCCUCCCUUUUCUGUUAAUUGCUGAAUAUUUUCUCAGAUUUACGAAAACCCAGUGCCUUCCUGCCUCUUGGAAUUUUUCUUGGUUAGUCUCUUUCUCUAGAUUCUCAUUAGGCCUUCUUUUUGUCCAUUCUCACAGACUGUUUUCUUUUGGGCAUUUAUUCAUACAUCCAUUUAUUCUUUUAAUAUGUUAAUUGGGAAGUUUUAGGCACUGGGAAUAUCUGUAGCUGUUUGGAUAACAGCUGUAAUGAAAGAAAUGUUCUUAUUUUGUUGAAAGAGAAAAAUGAAACAAAUAUACAUGUUUAAUAGUCAAAUAAGAGCCACAAAAAGAUUGAACCAAGAUGAGAGAGAAAAAAAUAGAGUGUAUUGUUCUCAGAAGGGUGCUCAGAAGCCACAUUUAGGGGAGAUUCUCAAGUGUUUAUGUUGGUAGAGCUUAUGUCUGAGAUGACUAUAUUCCAUUUUGGCAUGUAACUUACAUAAAAUCUGGAGUAGAGAGUGGAUAUCACUACUGAAGAUGGCAAUUAGGAAAUCAUUAAGUCUAAACUGUUAGGGUUAGAGGAGGUUGCCUAGGGACCUAUUAAGAACAUGAGAGCAGGGGUCCAAGUGCAAGCCUUGUGAACCUUGACAUCACGAAUCAUGAAGCUGAGGAGGCCCCAGUAGAUUGUUUACCAUGGAAAGUGGUGAUCUCUGACAUGGGAGGAAAAAGUAGAGAUUUGGGUCCAAGGCCAAUAAAACUAACAGUUUCAAGCUGGGGGAGCUCAAACUUUGGAGUGGAGUUUGAAAUUAACAUUUUUACCUUCUCUUGUGAAGAUCACUGUUGGCAUUGCAGUAUCAGUGUACACACAUACACACACACACAGUAUGCGGAGAGAGCUGAUGGCUAUUCUGAAAGUUUAUUAAGCUACACAGGCUUAUAAAGCAAAAGAGAACAAUAUGGAAAAUGUUUAACUAUGGUAUGACAUUUUAUGACUCCCUAGACGCACAGAUUGUUUUAAGGUCAGGAUUUUAAGAUCCUCUGAUAUUUUUGAUAGAUUAUGCUCGUCAUGGAGCCAGUGAGCCUUACAUCUUAUCAGGGUGGAACAUAUAGGAAAAUAGCUGCUUGAUGACAUUCUUUCUGACUCAGGCGGCUGUGCCUGUCUUAGGUUCCCCCCCUCUGGGGAUCUUACCCGUGAUUGGCUAACCAGCCUUCUCACCUCUGAGUCUGCAGCUUUUUAUAGCUUGCUUACCAUUCCAGCCCAAGGCUCAUUCCUUUGUUCACACAACUGGGGGGCUACAAUCAUUGUUUAAACAAAAAAAAGGAAAGAAUGAGAAA